AUGUUUGUCCCCGGUUCCAGAAGAACAGACCCCCUUGGCCGCUCAAAGAGCUCCCUCGCUUCUUUAGCUUCUCCUCCGAGAAAAAAAUCCCGAAACGGCGAAGCCGGGGCGGGUUGUGGUCAGCAAGGUGACCUUGUUACGGCACCGUAUGCCUUGUUCGCUGACGAAGAAAGCGUAGACGAAUUCUACAGGGUUCAGGAAGAAAAAGAGCUGGAGGCUGCACUUCAGCAGCAACACGUUGGAGUGCAGCCCUCGCAAAACCCCCGCGUGGCGUCUUCAGUUACUGGCGCCGAAGAGAAUCCCGAAUGUCGGAGCAUCCUGGUCACACAUCUCCCCAUAUCCUUAGAUACGGACACUCUGAAGCUGCGACUUGAAGAGCUGUUCACCAACGAAAUCAGUAAGAUCCUGUCUGAGACGCCAUAUUACUGCAACGCACCGUCGUGUCCGCCACAACCAGGGGAACCGCAACUGGUCAAACCAGAGGCAUCGGACAAAUAUGCGAAUAGCCGCGUGGUUCACCCACGUCACCUGGUAAACUUGGAAGUAUUGGACGUUCCCUUUGCCGUCUGCGGCGUUCGAGUGGCCAAGCCGACAAAGGCAGGUCAUCUAUCGUACGCAGUAAUCGAUUUCGCUUCUCCGAAGCUCAUGCAAACAGCUCUAGAGUUCUUCGGAGCGACAACCGUCUUACCUGGCACCUUCCACCACAUUCACCUCAACCCGUACCGCACGUGGGCUGCGCCAGUGCCCGUCGAUGAAUAUCACCUGUAUAUCUCAGGGCUCAAACGAGACACGACUGACGCGGAUGUACUGGAGGUCCUGAAGAGUCUAGGCACUGAGGUGCCCCGCUCCAUUAAGGUCAUCAUGGACGCAAAAUGCCGAUACAACCGUUGCCUUGGUUUUGCGUUUCUCCGCUUCAACACCCGUGAAGCUGCCGAUCGCGCUCUGCAAAUACUCGAGGCGCGAGGUCCGUCCCUCGGGCUUAUGGCCAGGCGCGUGUAUGUGCCCCCCAAUAACAGAAGAGUGACAAGGGCGUGCAGUGGCUCCAUUUUCUUGGCGAACCUUCCCGCAGAUGCAACGAAGGACGAGCUGCGAACUCUCUUCAGCUCAUUUGGAGAUGUUAGGUCCGUCGUCACACACAAUCAAAAGAGAAUCGCUUUCCUCGAGUUCAACUCGCACGAGUCGGCGCUGGCGGCGAUCACGCACAUGCAGGGCUACAAGCUCCGCUUCCAGAGUCUCGCUUGCGCAUGGAGCGUUCGCCGCCACACGACGUAUCAAGAAGAAGGCAUUGAGGAAGACGAAGGUUAUCGUCAGUCGGAAGAGGUUUGUGCUUUCGCGUACGAGGCGGCGAAAUCCUUGGAGCCUAUCAUUCCGCGACACCAGCGAAAUCGCCACAACACAGCGGGCAGCUGUACCCAGAGUGAUUGCAAGUCUCCCUCGAGUUGCGCAGGAGGGGCGCCGAACGAAAACGCCGAAAACGAUAUGUGUCGCCGCUCCUCGAGUGCAGAAAGCGAUGGCAGACAAAGUAAUUCUUCGGAUCUCAGUGCGCAGCAACAGCUCUACUGGCUCAGCUUCUACGCAGCCGAUCCAACGGUCUGCGCGCGCAAGCUGAUAGAGGCCAUGAACGGAACUCGGCCUUCGGGGCCUUGUCCUGCGCCGGCGAAGACGAGUGAGACUUGA